CCUUCUCCUGUAUCGCCUCCUUUCUUUAACGCCACUCUCUCUAUUUCUGGCCCAACCUGUUCCUCCUCUCUUAUUGCUCUCUCAAACCAUUCGUACCAUCCAACUUUUAUUCUUCUUUCGAUGUUUUUUUCGCUAAACCCUAAUCUUUCAUAAAGCCUAUCUGCACUGCAUCACUCCCUAUACUUUUCAUUCACUCUACAGUUCCCAUUUCAAUUUCCAACCUUCUUUUCUCUUUCCUGUUCAACUACUGCCAUGCUAGAGCCUGGUGCUGCUGCUGCUGCUGGUGGUGGUGGUGAACGUCAUUCAGAGGCCAGUUCGGAGACUCUCAAUUCUUCCAUGCUUGGAAGCUCCAUGAGCAGCGAGAGUAUUUGCAGCACCAGUUUCAGCCGUCUUUCCUUCGAUCUCCUCCCGCCCUCGCCGGAGAGUCUCUCCCUUAAGCCUCACCGCUCCUCCGACUUCGCCUACUCCGCCAUUCGCUCCGCCGCCUUCUGCCGCAAGGCCGCCCUCACCUUCCGCGACUUCCACCUCCUCCGUCGCAUCGGCUCCGGCGACAUCGGCACCGUCUACCUCUGCCGCCUCCGAAACCGUCAAUUCAACAGCCCCGUAGAGGACGAGGAGGAUGAGGCGUGCUGUUUGUACGCGAUGAAGGUGGUGGACAAAGACGCAGUGGCAUUGAAGAAGAAGUCGCAGAGAGCGGAAAUGGAGAGAAAAAUCCUGAAGAUGCUGGACCAUCCGUUCCUUCCUACUCUCUACGCGGAGUUCGAAGCCUCUCAUUUCUCUUGCAUCGUCAUGGAGUUUUGCUCCGGUGGAGACCUUCACUCGCUGCGCUUCAAGCACCCUCACAACCGUCUCCCUCUCUCCUCCGCCAGAUUUUAUGCCGCGGAGGUGCUGGUGGCGUUGGAGUACUUACACAUGCUGGGAAUCAUAUACAGAGAUUUAAAGCCCGAAAACGUGUUGGUCAGAUCAGACGGUCACAUCAUGCUCUCUGAUUUCGAUCUCUCUCUUUGCUCGGAUGCAAUCCCAGCCGUUGAAUCUUCAGAUCCCUUACACAAUCCAUCGCCAAAUGCAUUACCUCAUCACACUCAUACUUACACUCGCACUCCCCCUCCCACUCGCUCGCAUUCUUUUAUCAGUCCAUUCUCCUGCUUCUCCAAACGGGGUUUCCGGUCUCGUGACAUGCGACUCGUCGAACCGAACCGGCUCUUCGUGGCCGAACCGGUUUCGGCCCGCUCCUGCUCCUUCGUCGGAACCCACGAGUACGUCUCGCCAGAGGUUGCCUCCGGCAAGUCGCACGGUAACGCCGUUGACUGGUGGUCGUUUGGGGUGUUUAUCUACGAGCUUAUAUACGGUCGCACGCCGUACGCAGGUCCAUCGAAGGAGGCUACGCUUCGGAAUAUCGUGAAGAAGCCCCUGGCGUUCCCCACUGCCACGCCCGCAAGCUGUCUUGAACUCCACGCGCGAGAUUUGAUAUCCGGCUUGCUGAACAAAGACCCGGCGCGUCGACUCGGAUCGAAGCGUGGCGCAGCUGACGUCAAGAAGCACCCCUUCUUCAAAGGGCUGAACCUGGCGCUGAUUCGCAUGCAGACGCCGCCCCUAGUGCCUGGCUCGAGAAGGACCAAAACGACGUCGAUGUACCCUACGAAGGGUAAAAGUAACCGCAACCAUGAUAAACAGCAGGAGACGGCGUCGUUUGAUUUUUUCUUCUGAAAAUAAGUAAAAAUAAAAAUGCGGUCCUAUUUUGAUUAGUUUUAAAAGCUCAACUUGGCUCUCUAUUUCCUCUUAUAGAAAGGUUUCUGGAGACAGUGUUGGAAAAUGGUUGGAGAAUUCUAAAUGAAGAAGAUUCGUUGCUUAA